AGGCGAUGCCCCUGGUUGAAAAGCGCAGCCUGCAGAGGGACGCCGCUGGGACGGCACCCGAGCAGCGGCGCUACCAAGUGAAAAUUGUCGGCGGCAGACGUGUGGUGGUGUGGCAGAACGGAGACAACGGACUGCAGCAGGCGUACCGGCCGCCGCCGAGCCGAUCAGCCGACCCGCUCCGGAGCCAGGUGCGGGUGGAGCAGAACCCGACCAUCAGAGUGACGCCUAGCGGCGGCGGCGCGAACUCGCAGUACCGUCCCCCGCCGCCGGCGGAGAGUCCGCAGCGGGUGCCGGCGGAGCGGCUGGUGACCGGAGCUGGGGGCGCCACCGCCGGCCGGCCGCAGGUCACACCGGGCAGCCCGCCGCAGGCACAGGGCGCCGGGCAGAGUAUCGUGGGCGCCCGCCAGCCGGAGGUCACCUACUCCCGAUCAGCGCCGCGCCGCACCUCGGAUGUAACGAACGGGGCUAUGAAUGCCAGCUUCUCGGUGCUGCCUCCUAUCACCCCAACAAGCUCCAGUAAACAGCUCAAGAAGCUGGGCGAGCUCCAGGAAAUCACUCUCAAAAACGAGCUGUACCGUAGCUCCGAGCUGCUUCACGAGAGGCGGGUGCAGCGAAUUCUGAACGAGCUGCGGACUCUGGACCGAGACCGGGACGGUGUGCUGACACCGAGUCACGUCCGGCACACCCUGCACAAACAGCAGUUGACGCUGACUCCGGAGGCGGAGGACAGUCUGGUGACAAAGUUCUCCGAGUCGUCGGAGGCCGUCCGCUACGAGAAGUUGAUCCAGUAUCUGAGCUCAGUGCGGCUGGAGGCGAGCAGGACGGUGCCGCCUCAGAGACAGUCGCCGCCGAAAGCUCAGGCGCCGGCUCCGCGGCUCGGCCGUGCGUUCACCGAGCGGGACGAUGCCCGGCUCAAGGAGGACCUGGCCGCCUACCUGAAACCUCGACCCCUGGACCUGGACCAGCUCAGCAGGACCUUCUACGACCUGGACCGCGACAGGAACGGCUUCCUGUCCACACAACAGGUAGAGACGGGUCUGCACCGCUGCGGGCUGGAGGACAUGCCACAGGAGCUGCUGGCCAGGCUGUGCACGGCCACAGACAAACAGGGUAACGGCCUGUGUGACAUCGACAAGCUAACGGCGUACCUGGGCAGGGCCUCACCGGGCGCCAGCCGGGCCAGCGGUACUAUUCAGGGCAUCGGGAACAACCACCGUCCGAGACGGCCAAAGGAACCGCCUCCGGUGAUCGCCAACUCCAGUUACCGGCCACCCCAGCCCGCCUACCAGCCGCGGCUGGCCGACCAGGAGCCGGAAGGCGUUCCGGAGGACUCAGCUCGGCCGGAGAGUGCCGGGGCGAUACCGUACGACACUGCCUACCCGCCGUCACCGCCGACCCCCGAGUUUGACCGCGACCAGUGGAUGGCAGAUUAUCAGCACUUGGUCACCACACUGAGCCUCAGCGGCGCAGAGGACGGAGGGUACCUGGCUCCUGACGAGGUGGGACGGAUCACGGAGAGCUACAACACCAUCUACAACCUCGGCAUCCCCAUCGACCUGGUGAACCGCGCCCUGGGGCAGUCCGCCGAGCCCAUCUACGGCAUGGUCCAGCUCGCCACCUACACAGACGUGCUGAUGAACCUGUUCCUCAACUCGGUGUAGCGCUGCAUAGGCUUGUGUUACCCACACUGGAUUGGCUUAACUGCGAUAAAGGGUUGCUGAGAGAUGCAUUGAGAUGUUGACAGUCGAUACAGCAUUGACAGGGUAUGAUUUGUGCCUUGCGAUUUGCAGAACACAGUGGAUGAAUAGGUACCUAACAUAAUUGUCAGCCAAUUUACAUAUGCGUACGAGUUUCGAUAUUUAGCAUUUGGUCGCAAGUUUGUUAUCAACUGGGUGCGUUUUGACUGACCAAAAAACAGAAGACAAUUUGUUUGUGGUCUGAAUCGCGCUUUCUCUGCAUGCAUAUCCAUAAUCUCAACAUAUUCGCGUCAAGCGUAUAAUUUUGUGCUGGUUAUUCGGCAAAAAUAUAACACGGUAAAAAUGAUUAAUGAACAUGGAUGCGUUUGAAGCUGUCACUGGGUUCUGAUUGGCCGAAUGACGUAUUAGCACUGCAGAACCUGGCCCAGACCCGUUGGCACUGGCUCCGGCGGACCACGACGUUUAAUAAAAAAAAGGUCCCGCU